AUGACGAACUACAACAUCACCAUCACCAGCGACAUUGUAUGUCCAUGGUGCUACAUAGGCCAUACCAGACUCUCCAAGGCCAUCGCCCAACAUAAAAAGACACAUCCAGAAGACAAGUUCCGUCUCGUAUACAUACCAUUCUACCUCAAUCCCCCGCCUCAGCUGGUGGCGGGGAAGGGACCAGUGCCACCACCGUUCCCCGUACAAUCCCGCCCACGGAGGGAGAUGUACGCGGCCAAAUUCGGCCCUGAACGAGCCAAGCAAAUCGAAGGCAUGCUGACCAAGGUCGCGGCCGAGGAAGGAUUGAACUUCAAGUUCGGCGGCAUGACCGGCCCCAGCCGUAACGGCCAUCGACUGGUCUACUGGGCCCAAAACCGUGGGGGCGAGGAAGCACAGAACAAAGUCAUGUUGGGCCUUUGGAGACGUUACUUUGAACAGGAGGUCGACAUCACCACCCUGGACACGUUGAUUGAGGUCGGCCUCGAGGCUGGGCUCGGCACGAGAGACGAAAUCAAGGAGUACUUGGAGAGCGGAAAGGAUGGCGAACAAGUCGACCACCUUGCCGAGGAGGCUAGGAUGAAAGGCAUCAGUGGCGUGCCACAUUACGAUAUUAAUGAGCGCUGGGAAGUCAGUGGUGCUCAGGAGCCUGCGGCUUUCCUUAAGUUGUUUCAGCGCUGGAAGGAGUUGGAGGCAAAGGGGAAGGAACAUAGUUCGGACACGAAGGCGCCGAGUGGGAAUGGUUGUUUGUGA